AAGAAUUUCCCAAAGCUUAACGAUUAGCGACGCCAAAUACAAACAUCGCCGUGUUGAUGUGUGUAUGAAUCAUGUUGACAUCGUGAUAAAGUGCUAAAGUCGACUUUUGUGGACGGAAAGGAAGCGGAGGGAGGGGUACUAAACAAAAAACGCGGGCUUUACCUGCGGGGAAGAGACAACGGAGGGUGGCGGUGCGCGAGUGACAGGAGGAGGAACUGGAAAAAAAAAAACAGUCGGGGGAAAAAAAGAAAAGUGGACUUACCUGUACGCCAACUUCUGCCAACCCGCUCCCUCUUAUCACCUGCUCCGACUUGAAAGUCCAGUUCCACCAGGCACCGAGCCGGGGAGAGGAGGUGAAAUAUGUCACAGGAGACAGACAACAAGCGUCUGGUGGUGGUGGUCCCCAACGAGAGCUCCUGUCCGGCCGUGCGGCGGGCCUACACCAGCGAGGACGAGGCAUGGCGCUCGUACUUGGAGAACCCGCUGACGGCUGCCACCAAGGCCAUGAUGAGCAUCAACGGCGACGAGGACAGCGCCAACGCCCUGGGCCUCCUCUACGACUACUACAAGGUUCCGAAAGAAAAGAGACUCCUGACCGCUCCCAAAGUUACGGAAAUAACGGAAGAGCAGGAGAAAAGGUUGGCCGGCAACCCCAGUGGCGUUGAGGCCGAGGCGUUGGACAACCGCGUCCAGGUUCUCAAGUCGGUCCCCGUCAACCUGUCACUCAACACCGAGCACCCCGGCGGUCCCGACCCCGCAGGCGGGGCGCCUUCUGCGGCUUUGGUGAAGGCCGAGUCCUACGUGCCCGUCUACACGCCCACGGUCGCCGGGCUCCACUACCGCCUGGACGGUGAGGAGGCGUCCCGGGUGGUCUACGAGCAGAGCCCCUACGAGGUGACCACCGUCAGCCACAGUUCCUACGUGAAGGAGGACCAGCGCAGCCCGCCGGACAGCCCCUCGUUUGACGAGGACGGGGACACGAAGUACCACACGCCUUCCUCCCUGGCGUCAGAUGACUUCUUGUUCCAGCAGGACGCAGCCGACAGCUUCCAGUACACGCUGGACGCCACCCGCUCGCUACGCCAGAAACAGGGUGAGGGUCCCAUGACCUACCUGAACAAGGGCCAGUUCUACGCCGUCACCCUCAACGAGCUGAGCUCCAACAAGCGCCUACGACACCCCAUCAGCAAAGUGCGGAGUGUGAUCAUGGUGGUGUUCAGUGAGGACAAAAACAGAGACGAGCAGCUGAAAUACUGGAAGUACUGGCACUCGCGGCAGCACACAGCCAAGCAAAGAGUCCUGGACAUCGCCGACUACAAGGAGAGCUUCAACACCAUUGGCAACAUCGAAGAAAUCGCCUACAACGCCAUCUCCUUCACGUGGGAUGUCAACGAAGAGGCCAAGAUCUUCAUCACGGUCAACUGCCUGAGUACGGACUUCUCGUCGCAGAAGGGCGUCAAGGGUCUCCCUCUGAUGAUCCAGAUAGACACGUACAGCUACAACAACCGCAGCAACAAGCCUCUGCACAGGGCCUACUCGCAGAUCAAGGUCUUCUGUGACAAGGGAGCAGAGCGUAAAAUAAGAGACGAAGAGAGGAAGCUGUUCCGCAAGAAAUCCAAAGCGAAAGAUGGCACCGUGGGCGUCAUCACGGUACCCAAGAAGUCAGACACCACCUAUUUCAAGACCAUGACCGACCUGGAAGCGCAACCUGUCCUUUUCAUCCCCGACGUCCACUUUGGAAACCUCCAGAGGGCCGGACAGGUGUUCACCUUCAACACGGAGGAAAUGGAGCGAGAAGGGAGCGUGCUGGUGAAGAGGAUGUUCCGGCCGUCGGAGGACGACUUGUGUCCGUCGCCGCAGAAACAGAUCAAGGAGGAAGCGCACAAGAGAGUGCUGCUGUACGUCCGCAAGGAGACGGACGAGGUGUUUGACGCACUCAUGCUCAAGUCGCCGACGCUGCGAGGCCUGGUGGAGGCAAUAUCGGAGAAGUACGGCGUGACCACCGAGAAGAUUGCCAAAGUCUACAAGAAAAGCAAAAAAGGCAUCCUGGUGAACAUGGACGACAAUAUCAUCGAGCACUACUCCAAUGAGGACACGUUUAUCCUGCACAUCGAGAGCUACGCCGACACCUACAAGGUCACGCUGACCGAAAUCUGAACCGCACGCACAUGGAAAAAAAGUUGAAGACUCCAGGUUACUCUUGCACCGAGUAAUCGCCACUCUAAUGGUCCUUAAGGGCUGCAAUCAUGGCGCCCAUAUUCACGGCUCCACUGUGCAAAGUCUCUUGUCAUGGUGUGCAUACUUGAUUUGGAUUGCUAAGUCCCCUCGUCAUCAUGGAAGCAUUUCGCCCGCAUUCAUUCUUCGUUAGUGGCUUCUUUGCAUGCCCACCUUGAUUUGGUUUUAGUGUUGUUUAUUUAGUUAUAUUAUUUAUUUCUUUUCUUGAAAUUUCUGUGCGUGUGUGUGUGUGUGUGUGUGUGCGCGCGCGCGCGCGCGUGUAUGUGUGUGUGCAUCCAUCGAUUUCAAGUACAAUACUUCACAUUUCAGCGAUUUCCCAGCAAGUCGCCCUCAAUGAGAGCCCUUGCGUGACUUUUAUAAAUACAACAAUGUCGAGAUUCACGUCAGCAUGUGCUAAGACGUGAAUAAAAACACGUGCCGUGGAAAUCUGUGACAAACUCA